AACACGAAGCCAAAACGGGGUUUCGGUCUGUUUUCCUUCGCUGUCAGACACCUUGAAACGGUCGCAGCCGUGUUCCGGACCUCAUCCGUUAACCGUCCGCAGCUGUGUCCGCCUCGCUGCGGCCGCUGGUUGGGUGAAGCGUUUGCGGGGCGGCAGACAAACGGGCGCCGGGCUGGUAGCGGAGCGAGGAGUACCGCAGCCUUGCGUCAAAGCAGCUAAAGCUAAACCGGGUUAGGACAAGUCAGCAAGAAAGACGGUUACCAGCCACGUUACCUCGGUAGCUAGCCGGCCGGCCAGCAGCCACACGGGGUUAUUUUUGGCCCGGUUGCUGCCGCACACAUGCUCAGCUUCAGCCGCGUGAGCUUCAGCAACAUCUGUGCCGAAGCUGUCAGCUAAAUCAUAAGAAAUCCAGCCAGGCUCGGCUCCACCAGCGGUACCGGCGGUCCGAACCGCACAUUGUCUCAACAGAAGCACCGAGAGGGGAUUUCGGUUAAUUGCGUAAGAUCUUGUCGGAGCGAAGAGGGGCCUCACAGCUGACAUAUGAGGCCCAGCUGAAAAGAUGGACCUGAAUUUUUACUCGGAUUUAACGGACGGUACCGGGCAGCACGACGGAGAUCCAGAGUUCCUGGACCCGCAGUCGUUCAAUGGGUUUGACUCUGACAACAAGUUCCCUGGAGGCAGCGACAACUACCUGACCAUCUCUGGCUCCGGUCAUCCCUUCCUCUCAUCCUCUGAGACGUUCCACACCCCCAGCCUCGGCGAUGAAGAGUUCGAGAUCCCUCCCAUCUCCUUGGACCCAGACUCGGCCCUCACCGUGUCCGAUGUGGUGUCCCACUUCGGGGAGCUGUCGGACACCGGCCCCUCCGACAGCGUGGUGGUGCCCGGGAACGCCGUGGUCGAAGGGGACGACCCCUCCUUCGCCUCCACCUUCGUCAGCGCGCCCUCGCAGGGGCUGGAGCACCUGAGUCUGGGAGUCAUGAACCAGUCGGCAGGAAGCGCUCUGUUGGGUUCGUCGCUGGGAAUGGACCUCGGCCACCCCAUCGGCUCUCAGUUCAGCAGCUCGUCGCCGGUGACCAUCGAUGUCGGAGACAUGGGCCAGAGCUUACUGGGGUCCAACCAGCUGACCACCAUCGACCAGUCAGAGCUCAGCGCUCAGCUGGGGCUCGGCCUGGGAGGCGGGAACAUAUUGCAACGACCCCAGUCUCCUGAAAACCCUCUGUCGGCUACGGCGUCGCCCACCAGCUCGCUCCAGGAUGAUGACAUGGACGACUUUAGAAGGAGCGUCCUGGUUGAAUCUCCGGUUUCUCUGGCCGUCUCCCCCGGAGUCAUCUCCCUCGACCCCUCUCUGUCCGAGUCCCCCCUCUCGGCCCCGACAUCCAGCUCCUCCUCGGCCGUCGGACGGAAAGGAGGCGCAGGAGGAGGGAAGAAGGGGAAGAAGAAGAAAGACCCCAACGAGCCCCAGAAACCCGUGUCGGCCUACGCUCUGUUCUUCAGGGACACGCAGGCAGCUAUCAAGGGCCAAAAUCCCAACGCCACGUUUGGAGAGGUUUCAAAGAUAGUGGCCUCCAUGUGGGACAGCCUGGGGGAGGAACAGAAACAGGUUUACAAGAGAAAAAAUGAAGCAGCCAAGAAGGAUUACUUGAAGGCGCUGGCAGAGUACAGGGACAGCCAGAACUCUCAGGCCCCCAUAGAAGUCAUGGACACCUCCCCGUCGCCUCCACCUCCAGCCCCGGCUCCUGCGAUCACAGCUACACCUGCCCCCGCCCCCGCCCCCGCCGCUCGCCCCACCAGGUCCCAGCACUACAACCCCGAGGAGAACACCAUCACUAACAUCUGCACCUCCAACAUCAUCCUGGACCUGCCUCAGGUCACCACGCGCUCCCGCACCGGUGCCAUCAAGCCCCAGCCUCCGCCGGCCGCCCCCGCCCCGAACCCCCCCACCGUCACCAAGAUCAUCAUCAAGCAGACGCCGCUGCCGUCCGGUGGCGUUUCAGUCACGGCGACGCCGGCCUCCUCGUCACGCCAGCCGCCGCCGCUGCAGCAGAUGCAGAGCACCCCUCCUCCGCCCCGGCUGCAGCAGAUGGUGCACGCCCAGGCUCCCCCGCCGCUGCAGGCCAAGCCUCGAGGCGGAGGCGCGGCUGCUGCCACCGCUCCACCUCCGCUGCAGAUUAAAGUCGUCCCAUCAUCACGCCAGUCAGACUCAAGCACGCCGAUCAUCGUGACCGGUGAGACGGCCACGUCGGUGUCCUCCUCGGCUCUGACGGUGGCGGUGGGACAGACGGCUGCUGUGGUGGCAGCAGGAGAGGAAGUGGCAGAAGGAGAGGAUGGGAUGGAAGUGGAAGUGAAUGUCGCCCCUGGUCCGAGUGUGACCCCCGCUUCCAAUCCCAACAUCUGUGUGCGUGCCGGCUGCACCAACCCUGCCGUGGAGAGCAAAGACUGGGACAAGGAGUACUGUAGCAACGAGUGUGUCGCCACACACUGCAGAGACGUCUUCAUGGCCUGGUGUGCCAUCCGAGGGCAGAGCUCGGCCACGGUCACAUAGGGAAAGGACGCGUCUGAGGGAGGACUGCUACACAGAGACAAAAGGACAAAGAUAACACAUGAAAUGCAAACGAACAGAGGAGUAACAGAAUAAUAGGCUCAGGUAUUGGCACAUAAUGGUUUGUUUUAUCGUGCUCAUGUCAUCUCGGGGACUUCAGCAAAGACCAGGCAGUCACAGGGAAGUAUUUAAAACAUGCUGUGUUUUACUGUGACUCUCCCAGACUUCUCCCGGCACAAAGAUUCUCCAGCAGAAUAAAACAAACUACAAAUUAUUUGCAAAUACUCCAGUCGUAAUGGCGACUCAGACACGGACAGAUGGCUGAAUAAUAAUAAUAAUGAUGAUGCUGAAGAAGACACCAGAGGCUCGGCUCCACACAUUUCCUCUCGGUCAUGUAUUGUGAACUUAACAUAUGGACUUGAUAAAAAUAGAUCAUUUUAUAUGGACCCAUGGUGUUUUUAAUUGUUUUGAAGAGGAAAAAAAAAAAAGAGCAGGAACAGUUUCUUGCAGAUGUGUUGAGUUUAUUUUAUUCAUUUCAAAACAAUCCAACUUCACAUGUGUACGUUCUUCCCUUUACUGUUACAGUGAGAACUGAUUAAUGUGAACCAAGUCUGAAAGUUGUUUUUUUUUUUGUUCUUGAGUGAUUUGUGGCUAAUUUCGAGUUUUAAAAGACCAACAACUUGGCAAAGCACAAACAGUCUUAAAGCUACUUUGGAGUCUAAGAGCAGAAGAAGCCAUUUUGAGACGAAUGAAUCCGCCACCAGCUAAAUGCUGUUUGUCACCUUUAAAAGCCACUUUGGUGAAAGAAAAACCGACUAGAAAUCAAAUGUCUUUGACUUCAGACAUUCAAAACAGGUGCUAAGAUUCAGGAAAAAGAAAUCUCUCUAUUGUUCUCUGUUCUCCUUUCGUGCUGAAGCAUCCUGCGGCGUAAGAGCUUUCUACACAUGUGGUGCGUAUUUUGCUUCAUGAAGAAGAUUUGUGGUGAAACUUUAUGAGGAUAAAAAAAAAAAGAUAUUGGAAUUAAAUGAACACACCAGCUCUGACAACACUACUUACUGUAAAGGGAAAGGGAAUACAGUAUAAAAGCUUUAUUUUUUAACAUGACUUUGUUUCGAUUAAGGAGUGGCUGGUCUGUUGAAUAAUCAAGGAAGGGAGGGUUGCUUCCAAAAACCAAACUGUUCCCAGUCAGAUUAAAUGAUACAGUGAUCAGUCUGGUUUAUUGUAGAUAUCCUGGAAAUGUUUUUAACUAUGAAAUAAAAUAUUUUAUGUUUUAAUAUACAUUUGGAGACACAUUCUGACCCGUGGGUUACACCUGGAGAGACAUUUGUGUUUAAUUUCACAAGUUUUUUUUUUUCUUCAUUUCAGAAGAAAUAUCUGUUUCUUGUUUUUUUUUGUUUUUUUUGUUUUAUUGUAUUUUAGGUUCAAACACUUUGUUCUUUGGUUGAGGAAAAUAAUGUUACAUGGUAAAAGCCAUUGGUUUGACACUGAUUAACAGAAGAAAUGUUUUUGAGAUAAAAAAAGGAAAAAAAAAAAAAAGAAGUCAUUCCUUGUACCAUUCAAUAAAUAUAAGUACAUGUCACCGUGUACUGAAGAGAAA